AUGGAUGAUGCCUGGCAGUCUCAAGAUAUGGCCCCUCCGGCCAACGGCGGCGGCAUCAGCAUUCCGACCCACGACACUACCAUGAGCAACGGCACCGGAAUAGGCAGUGCUGAUGACCAAGGAUGGAACAACGGCGAGCCCGCCCGUGCGGUUGAGCCCCCGAGGCGCUCCAGCAGGAGCAGGAGCCCUGGGGCACGCGGCGACGACAGAGCUCGCGGCGACGGUAGCGGCGGCGGUCAGAACCCAGGGAACAACCUGCAUGUUUCCGGGCUGAGCAACCGUGUCGACACGCGCGACCUCGAGGCUGCGUUCGCCAAAGUGGGCCGGAUCAAGAAGGCCCAGGUCAUGUAUGAUCCGCACACGCGUGAGUCGCGCGGGUUUGGGUUCGUGACGAUGGAGACCGGCGAAGAGGCAGAUGCUGCUAUCACCGCGUUGAAUGCUACUGAUCUUAUGGGCAAGACCAUGACAGUCGAGAAGGCCCGCCGUGGACGCGCCCGCACUCCGACGCCUGGAAGAUAUUACGGUCCGCCGAAGCGCAAUGAAUACGAACGCCCCUACGACCCGCGCCCCUACGACAGCCGCUACUCGCGCAACGACGACCGCCGUCGUCCCCGCUAUGACGACGAUACACGUGGUGGUGGACGCGACUACGAACGUGGCGGUUAUCGCGACUACGAUCGGGGAUACGGCCGCGACUACGACCGCCGCGGUGGCGGUGGUGGAUACGACGACAGGCGGUACUAG